CAUCACGUCCACCAUGAGUUCUGCCUCUUCAACCAAACCCCACGUCUUGGUGUUUCCAUACCCAGCACAGGGUCACAUGAUCCCUCUCAUCGACCUCACUCACCAACUCGUCAGUCGUGGACUCACCGUCACCGUCCUCGUCACCCCUAAAAACCUCCCUCUCCUCGACCCCCUCCUCUCCUCCUCCUCCUCCCAAAACCCUAACCCUAAUCCCAUCGAAACCUUGGUCCUCCCUUUCCCUCCACACCCCUCCAUCCCUGCCGGCAUCGAAAACGUCAAGGAUCUCCCCAUCCCCUACUUCUCCGCCAUGAUGUGUGCCUUAGGCCAACUACACGACCCCCUCCUCCGCUGGUUCAACUCCCACCCCAACCCACCCGUCGCCAUCAUCUCCGAUAUGUUCCUCGGCUGGACCCACCGCCUCGCAACGCAGCUGGGUAUUCAGCGGCUCAUAUUCUCCGCCUCCGGCGCCUUUGCGCUUUCCAUCGUCGACGCGCUCUGGGAACGCAUGCCAAAGCGAGACGACCCAGAGGACCAAGACCAAGUUUUUGCAUUUCCCCAAGUUCCUAAUUCCCCGAAAUACCCCUGGUGGCAGCUCUCCACCGUGUACCGCUCUUACGUGGAGGGCAACCCCGACUCGGAGUUCAUCCGAGACGGAUACAAAAGUAACAGGGCAAGUUGGGGACUCGUCGUCAACUCGUUCACCGAGUUGGAACGGGUUUAUCUCGAGCAUCUCAAAAAAGAGCUGGGUUACGAUCGUGUGUGGGCAGUCGGACCGCUCCUCCCUCCCGACAGGGUUACAGAUCACGUUGACAAGGAUGACGAGUCCAGGCCCACGGAAAUAAGGGGCGGAUCCAGCGCAGUUUCUCUGGACCACAUCAAGUUGUGGCUGGACGCGUGCGCAGAGGACCACCAGGUGGUGUACGUGUGCUUCGGGAGUCAAGCGGUGUUGACCAACCAUCAGAUGGAAGCCGUCGCGUCGGGAUUGGAGAAAAGCGGAGUCCGGUUUGUUUGGUCCGUCAAGGGACCCACAAAGGGACACGUGGAGGGAGAUUAUGGCGUAGUGCCGGCAGGGUUUGAGAAUCGGACGGCAGGGAGAGGGCUGGUGAUUAGAGGGUGGGCCCCGCAGGUUUUUAUAUUGAGUCACCGAGCCGUGGGUGCGUUCCUGACUCACUGCGGGUGGAACUCGGUUCUGGAAUCGGUGGUGGCAGGCGUGCCGAUGCUGGCGUGGCCAAGGGGGGCUGACCAAUUUUGCAACGCUACGUUGCUCGUGGACCAGCUGAAGGUUGGGAUCAGGGUGUGCGAGGGCUCGAGUACAGUCCCUGACUCGGACGAGUUGGCACGAGUGCUGGCGGAAUCGGUGAGUGGGGACUGGGCUGAGAGGGCUCGAGCCGCGGGGUUGCGGGAGGCGGCGCGUCAGGCUAUAAAAGAAGGUGGGAGUUCGGUGAACGAGUUGGAUCGUUUGGUAUGCCAACUUUGUGCGUUGGAAAUUCCGGCGAGUAGUAAUUUGCAAUCCAUGCGAAAUGGAAAUUGAACGAGUAUUAUUUAUGAUAAUAAUAAAAAGAAAUUAUUACAAA